AUGGAGGACGAACUACGCUGCCCGACAUGCAAACAACUCUUCGCCAAUCCGGUACUGCUGCCCUGCUUCCACGCCCUCUGCUUGGGUUGUGCGCUUGACAUACAGACCGCCUACACGCCCGCCUCGGCCUUGGCCGCCAUCAAUGCCGGUGCUGGCCUCGUCGCGAAUGGCAACAUAAACGGCGGCUGUCUGGUACAUUCGCAUCCAGUGCAUGGCGCAGCAGCCCAUGGUAACAGCGUCACUACCACCGCUACAGUACAUUCACACGCUGGCGUUGGUGCGCCCGCAGCACCAUCCUCACAUCCUUCGUCGACACGUCACUCAUCGAACAGCUCAGCCGCCAGCACUGCCAGCUCGGCCACAGGCAGCGAAAGUGUUACAUCCGAUCAGGACCAGGCAGACAAGGUGAGCAUCUUGAGUGAAGCCGACUCCGGUGUAGUCUGCUGCUCGAAUACAUCACGUCCGGUUUCGUACGCCGGCACCGCACAGUUACAGGGCCUGUUGCAGGGCGCUGCUGCUGCGCCACCUGGCGCUGCUUUUUAUCUCACCUGUCCGCUCUGCCGGAAGCUGGUGUUCUUCGACGAGGGUGGCGUGCGUAAUUUGCCCGCCUAUCGCACCAUGGAAUCGAUUGUUGAUCGCUUUUGUGCACGCGAAGCUCUGCGCUGCCAAAUGUGCGAGACAGAUCCGAAGGUGGCGUCCACUGUGUGCGAACAAUGCGAGAUACGUUACUGCGAUGCAUGUCGGGAGCUCUGCCAUCCGGCACGUGGCCCGCUGGCCAAACAUAAUUUAAUGAAGCCGCGUAAUUGCGCACCACAAAGGGAGUCGGUCUGCGGCGACCAUGGAGAUACGCUGGCAAUGUACUGCUUGGUGUGCAAGAUGCCCGCCUGUCCACAGUGCAUCGCUGAGAAACACCAUCCCGGACACGAGGUGCAGUCCAUCAGUGUCACUUGCAAGGCACAAAAGGUGAGUGAAUAA